AUGAGCUCGACUACCUCUCCGUUUUCCCCCGAGCGCUACAUGGACGUGCGCAUGGCCAGGGCGAAGACGCAAUUUCCGCAGGACGACCCCUAUCAACCCAGAGGGGGACGGAGGGAGGAACUGAGACAGAUUGCGGCGGGGGAAAUCCCAGCCAUGCCACCACCGCCUGACCGCAUCUACUAUGCCCCCUCUGCGUCCCAAGUGCCAGCCUCAAGCCACAUGCCCACAGUACUCCAAGACAGUCAAGGACAUCGCCAGGGAGAUGGGGGGACGUCAGCAGCGGACGUGCAGCAGGCCCAAACACCCUCCCCUGGACGGGGGGAGAACGUGCCACAACAAGGGGAGCAGCAAGGAACUGGGCAACACGCCCAUCCCAAGGCACCACCGCCAAAGCCACCAAGCAGCUCUGAAGACGGAUGGCCGAGUGAAGACGAAGUACCUGCGGGGGAUCCUCCACCACUACCUCGACUAGCUCGACUACAACUCCAAGAGCAGAAAGCCCUCGGGGGUCGCGGAGCAGAAGCCCAGACAGGGGAGCAGGCCCCUCCGGGGGGCAAGCCGGCCAAGCCUCCAGCUCAUCAACGGGGAGAACUUCCAACACGUAUCCAACACCACCCCGUGAUCCGCGUCGUCUUCCUGAAGAACAACUAUUCGCGGGAGGAGUUAGACCGAGGAAGGGGGGAGCUGAGGAGAAUCAAUCCAGCACAGAUGGCGGACACCCUAGUUGAAGUGGUCAGACACAUUCUGAGGGACACACUUCAUGCCACGUCGGUGCGCACGGAACUGGCGGAAGUGGGGGAGCUCUUAGAGGACGUUGUGGCAGACUUCGGGGCCUCCAUCAGACUCCGAGACAGUGUGGGGAUUGCAGAGGGGAGGGACGCACUCAUGGAAGCUGUCGACAUCCUCGACCAAAUUGUCCUCAACUACGACUCCGAGCGCGACGAGUUCACCAUAGACCCAGCAACGUUACAAGACGAUCUCCUCAGACUGGCCCAACAAUUACAGAUCGUCGUGCCCGCACAGGACAACUUGCUGGGGGAUAUUCGGGGAGAACUCCCCUCGCAGAGGCCAUCGUCAAACUCGCAGGAGCUCUUCGAAGGUUAUGGUGACGAGAUGGGCUCAUGCAGCAGUUGGGGGGAGGGGGACGAUGAAAACCAGCUGGACCACCCCGACGACUUCGAGCCCACGGCCCUGAUACAGUCCCAGCUCAGAGGGAGGGCUAGAAGCCAAGCGUCCCAACUCCUUGAGUCCAUUGAGUCAGAAACCCAAGCGGCAGCGGAAUACGUCAUGAAUGCCGAGGAGAGGGGGCGACAGCAAAGGGCCAACUACGCAGCAGAAGCCAUGGAGCUGAUCACCGAAGCAAUGGGGCUGGCCAACGAUGUGGGGAUGCCAGGAGUGGUCGACUACCUAGCAGCCGCGGCGACAAGAUUAUCGCAACUCCAUACAGUACGAACCAAGGGGACGAAUAGAAGGGGGACACCACUGCCUACACCAAACGCCUUCGAGAUUGCCGCGCUCACAGUAGGGGUCAUGGAAGAAAGCAGCCAACAGGGGGAACAACCGUCGAUGGCGGAAAUGCUCGAACUGCUGGAGCUAGUACAAGCAGGCAUGGCACUCCUCACAAGGGGGAGACAUAGUUACAAUUGGCAAGUUACGCACUGGGCCACCGACGCAGCGGAGGAGGCCCUGGCUCUACUCACGGUGGCGACGGCAACCGACAACCCGAACGAGCUGGGGGAAGCAUCGCCACAGGUGGGGGAUAUUCUUCCUCGACUUCGAAAUCUCCUGGACGAGGCGGCCACAGGCGUGGGGGUGCUGGUGGGGAUCUACCCGCACCGGGGGGAGAACGAGUACAUCCACCCGGCGGACACUAUCGCGCAAGAUCGAGAAGGACCAAUACAGCCCGUCCAACAUCCGCAAAGCGACCCACCCGAUGCACUCCAUGUCUACAGAGCACAGCGAGCACUACGGCAACUACACCCGUUCCUGGAAGGGGAGAUGAGAGAACUGGGGGAGCAAGCGCUUGACCAGCUGGGAGCGUGGAUACAAUCGCAUUGGGGGGAAGCAGUGCAACUCCUGAGCAGCGACGAGGAAGCGCCCCCCCAACAACAAAGCCGAGACGAAGAACAGGCCCCAGAGAAGGGGGGAGCGCCGCAAGCCACAGUGCCAGAUGGGGACAGCGGGGCGGCCAGUUCCACAGCGCCCUUUACACGAUUCACCGCACCAACGCCUGAGGGGCAUACUGAAGGGGGUCCGCUGGAUAUGGCUAGAAGGCGACGCUCGUUCACGUCGCCAAGCUCGCUGGACAACGACGACUAA